AUGAGCAACCACACUCAUCAUGAGGAUACACUUUCUUACUCAGGAGUAGAAAAUACCAGCAAUGGGCUCAGUAUUGGAUUUGCCAACGGGUCCCGGAGCGCGAGGAGUGCUGCUGAAGAUGAUGCAUCGUCGCUUUCCAGCAGUCAGCCCGCUCUCACUGCUGCUGCAGGUAUCCAGGAAUCCUGCCUACUACGAUACUUUAUUGAGGAGGUAUCUCCCUGGUUUGAUCACUGUGACGAUCGGAGGCAUUUCCAGUUAGUCGUCCCCGGUCGGGCUCAGCACUGCCCAACUCUUCGAUAUGCUAUAUUUGCAGUAUCAGCCCGACACUUGUGUCGACUGCCUCAAUACAAGACAAGCCGCGGGAUUCUAUAUGGUGGGCAGCUACUCUCCCACUUACAGACGUCCAGUGCUUUUGAAUAUAUGCUCAAAUGUAUUCCUGGUCUGGCCGAGUUCCCUAACAUCCAGGACCCGACACACCAAGAGAACAUCAUGGCUGCCGCCGUCAUUCUGCGUCAGUACGAGGAGAUGGAAGAAGAGACCGGCGAAGGCAGAGGCAGAAUCGAAGCUGAGUAUUACGAUGACGAACGCGUCAACUUUCUGGCUGUCACUCAGAGGAUCAUUGACUCUAUGAUCGCCUCUCCGCUGGACCAUUCGCUUGCUACGGCCGCAUAUUGGAUUGUCAUUCGGCAAGAGAUUUAUUAUGCGUUGACAAGGGAGACGGUCCCGCAUUUACGAUUCGAUUCCGACCGUUGGCGCAAUGCUUCAAUCGCCAACAAUAUGAUCAUGUUCGUCGGUAAAGUCGCUCAGUGGCGCUGGGGGCAAAAGCGCCCUAAUGAAUGGACACGACUCAAGCUGGAUGAACAGAAACUGGUUCAUGAAUCGCUUGGUGAAAUGGAACCCAUUCUUGAACUCAAGGCAGAUCGAGCUAAAGGCCAGAUAUUUCCGACGAUCUGGUACAGCUUCGAUGUCCAGGCGACGGCAGUACAGCAUUUCCAACUGGCCCAAAUGAUCUUGACUGCUGAGAAUCCGCAACUUGAAAAUGCAAAUCGUGCUGCACAUCGCAAAGCAGAAGCUCAAGUUCGAUCGAUCGUCCUCAAUCUAUGCGGUAUUGCUUUGAAUCACCUACGAGUGCAACCCUGCCUGGUAAACGCAGUCAUUGCUAUUACUCUGUACGGUGAUUACUUUACCGAUCAUGAGGAGCGGGAGGCAUUAGUUGGCAUCAUCAACCGGACAAGAGACUUACAUCAGCCGACAGUGCAGAGAUAUGAGGCCUACGAGACGGGGCCCGCCGUCCCCGUCGGCCCUCUUGGAACCGUCAUUGUGACUGGAGCAGCCGGAGGCCUUGGCCAAGCAGUUGCGGAAAAAGUAGCGCAGCAUCGCGGUGCAUAUGACUGUCUAUUCACUGUUCGCAACAAAAGCUCCCCGCGAGCGCAGCAGCUGCAUCAAUUUGACGGCUGCAACGCAAAGCAGAUCAGAACUCCAGAAGUGGAUCUCUCCAGGCUGGAUUCUGUCCGGGCAUUUGCCAGCGAGGUCAACGCCGAAGUUAAAUCGGGAGUUCUCGCUCCAAUCAGAGCCUUGAUUCUGAAUGCGGCUGUCGUUUAUGAGACAGGCGAGCUCAGGUUUACUCGUGGUGAUGGAGAACAAAGCUUUGAGAUGACCUUUGCGGUAAAUUAUCAUUAUCUCGCCAACUUUCUGCUUACUCUUUUGUUGCUGGGAAGUUUCGACACAGAACUUGGUCGGAUCGUAUAUGUAUCGAGCUGGACCUAUGACCCUGAUCUGCCUUUAAACAAAGGGCACAACCCAGAGAAGCUGCCGUGGGAACCCGAGCAACUUGCACGCCCAACAGCCAAAAUCAGUCCUGGAGACGAGAAAAAUGACACAAUGAGACGAUAUGGUGCCUCGAAGUUAUGCCAGGUCAUGUUUAUGUGA